AUGGCUGUGGGCUCAUUGGGCGCAGGAUAUGCGGCCUCUAUCAUCGGCACGACUCUAGCACAGCCGUCUUUCCUGACCUACUUCGAUUUACUCACCAGAUCCAACGGUACGCAGCUCAUAGCCACUACGAAUGGUCUCUUCUUUGCCGGCGGUGUUCUCGGAGUUAUCACUAUAUCGUGGAUGGCAGAUACCUGGGGCCGGCUGUGUGCACUUCGAGUUUCCAGCGCAGUCAGCAUCCUCGUUAAUGCUCUCCUUGCUGGCAGUGUCAACAUCGGCAUGUUUAUUGCCUUUCGCACUGUGGCCGGCGCAGGUGUCUUUAUGCUGGUAGCAGCUAUUCCCCUGUGGAUCAGCGAGACGGCACCGCCAGCAACCCGUGGUACCCUCGCCGACUUUCACAGCUGUGGUAUCCUCCUUGGCUACGGCCUUGCAUCGUAUAUGGGUUACGCAUUCUUCCACUUGCCGACAGAGGACAAUGUGGCAUGGAGAGGGCCCUUUAUAGUAGGGCUGGUGCCGUUAGCCUUCCACCUCAUCGCACUUUCCUUUGUUCCAGAAUCUCCACGAUGGCUGUUGGUUAAUCGACAGCCGGAACGCGCUCAGGCGGUUCUUCGCCGCCUCCAUACAGCCCUGGAAGCGACCGUCGAGUUGCAACAGAUCUCUGCAGCGAUUAAAAGGGAGAAGAGGCUAGACAGCUCUUGGUCAGCGAUGGUCCGAAAGCCGGCUUACCUCAAACGAGCGCUUAUAAGUUCGAGCACUGUUGUCUUCAUCGAGUCUUCGGGCAUUCUCGUGAUCAACAAUUACGGCCCUACGAUAUACGGCAGCCUCGGUUUCGAUAAACUAACCCAACUCAGAUACAACAUGGGCUAUAACACCAUGGCCAUAGCCGGCGGCCUACUUUCAUUCUUCAUUAUCGAUCGAGUCGCACGUCCCAAGCUCAUUAUGACCGGUCUCACGGUUUGUUGCAGCACCUUGAUCGCGCUAGCUGCAAUCCUUGCCAAUUUCGCCUCAUCAGCCGACGACCUCGCCCACCCAAAUACGACCGCCCUUCGCGCCGGUGUGGCAAUGAUAUACAUUUACUGCCUCAGUUUUAAAUUCUUCCUCGAUGGCACCAUGUUCGCAUAUAUGGCCUAG